UGCAAUUUUUGGAAAGUAGACACCACAAGGUCAUUCUUUUGCCACAACUUUUUGGAAAUAAGGAAGGAUCCUGGUACUGAGCUACGCAGGGGCGGACUGACAACUCAUGGGACCCCCGGGCAAUAGGGGAUCAUGGGGCCCCUGUGUCCUUGCCCACGCCCAAAAAAGCCUAUGAAAAAGCCAAUGAAAGUUACCAGGGGCAUCUCAUGUUUCCCCCUACUGUCCCCUGGCCCUCGGGCAGUGCCCGAAUGCUCGAAU